AUGUCAGAUAAUGCAAUUCAGUCCUUGCUGGAUAUGGGAAUAGAACGAGAUGUUGCCCUAGAGGCACUUUCAAGGACAAAUGGGGAUCUGGAAGCAUCUGUAAAUUACAUUUUUUCUGGGGAAUUGCCUAAUCAGCAUGUUGAGGAUGCCGGGAUUGCAACUGUUGAACCAGAUACUGUGAUGACUCCCGAAGUAGAAGUCAGCGUGGAUGCUAUGGAAGUAUCUCCUGGAGUCGAAGAUUUCGUGGAAGAUGUAUCGCAAGACGAACGUUCAGAAUACAGUGGGUCGUUAGAGCUCUCCAUGGCGCAGAUCAAAGAGCACGAGGCGGAUCCGGUAGUCUUCGUACCAGGUUCCCAAAAUGCAGUUUUGGAAAGCUAUUUUGCUUUGUUCUGUCUGGCUCUCAGCGAGAACAUUCCGCAUUAUUUUCUGCAAGCGGAUUUCGAAGACUUGAACUACAGCAGUGACUGGUAUAAAGGUCACUAUCGAAGGCCGUUAACGCGUCUGAAAUAUGACAAAGGCAGCAACGUCGUUGUCGUUCCUCAAGAUGAACUUUUUGGAGAAGACCUCGCGGUAAUUCAGCCAGAUUUACUCUGGCAAUUCCAGAAAUUCGUCGCUGUUCAAAACAGUCUUCAAAGUCUGCGAAGGUUCGUCACAUCCAACUUCUUCAGCAAAACCCUCGAACCGCAGGUAGUAGAGAGGCUAAAUACGUACGAACACCUGCAAGAAGUUUUGCCUAGUUUCAUCAAAAGUUUGGCCAAUGACACGGAAAUGUGUCCUGGUGCGCAGAAGCAAAUCAAAGACCUCUUUAUCUUCACGGCAAACUACACCCCGUCUCCGGAUUCGGAACCCAUCCAGACUUAUCUUUGUCUUCUACAUUUCAUGCCCGAGGAAUACGACUACAAUUUGUACAAAAUGUUUAACGGUCUUCUAUUCCCAGAAGAAGAUGAGGACGCAGAUUUUGCAGACAGCCAAAACUCCUUGUGCAGCGUAGCUCCAGUACUGACAGUAAUUUUCGAUGAAAUGGAUGAGAGCACAGAAAACACGAAGUUUGCUCAGGGCGUUGACGUGCCGUUUGAGUUCUACCCACAGCUAUACACCGCCAAGGCAAAAGAAAUGCUUAUAAGUGACAUUGUUUUGAAAAGACGUCAGACCCAACUUGAAAUCCGCCAUUUGCUGCGCAAUCUAAAUGAUCUCAAGAGUUUCCAUGGUAAGCACAUCAAUGCUUUCGUUAACAGCGCGCUGGAUUUCGCUUCCAAGCCGGGGCUUUUCCGCGAUGGCAGCGAUGCCACACAUGGAUCUCAGAAACUUUUUGACCUUCUACAGCCUGUAAAAGACCAGAUUUCCGACCAAAAAGCGACCAUCAUGACAGACUACAAAAAACUAUCUCACUUACUCAACACGGAGCUCAAUGUUUCAAAUCCGGAGGCGGGUAUCAUCGAGAAGGCAAAAGAACUUCAACUUAUUGACUCACCUUAUCUGCUUACAUUUGCCGCUUUGUCUCCGAGCCAUUACUAUAUUCGUAAGCGAGACGGCUCUUGGUAUAGAACUCUGUCAGAACCAGAGGGAAUGGGGUGCAACGUCACUAGGGUCGACCACAGUGCGGUACACGGUGCGAUAAAAGCGGCCACUCGUAUUCCCUCCGAGACGCCCUUGAUGUUCACCUUUUUUAAGGAAAGUGCCAUCGACACCGAAGAAUUGGUGCUACAAUCGCUCCAGAAAAACCAGGGUGCUCUGUCAUUUGCCCAAAAAGACUUCAAGGUGCUCCGGGAACUCGGUAUGGUAAUCGCAGAGCAACGAGGUACCUCCGAGAACCUCAUUGAGAUGUAA